AAUAAAUCGCCUUAUAAAAAUUAAGUCUAGCCCACUGCCGGCAUAGUAAUUUUGGUAGUUGGAAAGGACACUUCGGGUUCAGCAAAAAAUAAUUAUGGAAGUAGAUCUUGUGAACAGAGAUCCUAAUGGUCUUAAUGAACACCUUAAGGUUCAAUUCGAAGAUGUCUUGGCUGAACCCGAAGGAGCCCGUAGUAUCGACUGCGUCUGGAAGCUUUCUUACACAUGUUUUAACUGCUGGCUCGGACUUUGCUACAAACUUUUGACCCUCUUCUACGGAAUCUGUAUUGCCGCCGAGUGGGGUUGCGAAUUCGCUUCCAUUGCUUUCUACCACGUCUGGUACAUCACACCAAUCUUGAGAAUGUGCGAGAUCAACUGUGCUGUGUUCACCAAGGUUACCAAGACCUGCAUGAGCUGCUGCAUGGAGCCAUGUUGUGAAGCUUGCGGUGCUCUCUUUGUCCAUUUCAAGAAAUAGACAGCUAAAAUUAAAUAAACUUCAUUGUUUUCGCAAACUUUUCUUUUUGUAUUAAAAUAACAUUUCGAACUGGUAAAAAAGAUGAAAAGAAAAGAGAGCGUUUUGUAAUUAAUAGAUAAACUUUGGAGCAAUAUUUAUCAAAAAUGAAAAGGACUUAAUUUUACAAAAAAAAGAAA